CGCUUUAACAGUGCCAGUUUGAGUGUUAGCAGUGCCAUUUUGAGCAUAACAUAGACAAGUUGUCUGUUAAGGCGGCUGCACCUGAACUUUUGAAACUGUUACAAUCAGUUCGCGCUCAACUCGCACAGAGAACGCACCUGCGACGCGUUUGCAACGGUUGCAAAUGAAAAUAAAAUAAAAGAAAACAAAAUAAUAAAGCCGAUUUCUAACUAAAAAUGCACUAAACACCUCACAAUAACCGCAAACCAACGAACUGUAAAUAAUAAUUACUAAAAAAUUUCAUCAAUUGCAAAUUUGUAGAAAUUAUAAUUUCCGAAAUUCCAACAUUGCUCAAGUUCCAAUGCAUUGAGCUCGCAUUCGCGUUUGAAAAUUGUUUGAUCGAUUUGGAUACGAAUCGAGGGAAGUCUGCUUGUAUAGGCAUUCGGAACCAAAACAACAAAUUGCCAUAGUGAAAUGUGGUAUAACUCUAGACAACGACAAGCUAAUGUCCAGUGACGCAGGCCAAAAAAAAAAUAGAAACACGAGCCAAGAAAUAAAUUCAAAAAUAAAUAUUCUGCAAAAAAGUGAAAAGCGAGAAAAUAACAAAAGAAACAGCUGCACUAAAUAGAACAAUCAACCCCAUAAAAGUGACCACAAGUGAAACAAGAAACAUAUUGCACCUUGUUAUAAUUAUUCGUGUUUUCUUAUGCUUUUUUUUUUUGAGCUGUCGACUAUUUGCCUUUAUAUAGCCAGACUAUAUAGAACUGUACAAUAAGACACAGCCAAUUCUAUACUCUCUCUCUAUAAAAGAAACUCUAUGAUUUGACUCUUUCCUCUGCGCUGGAAAUCGCUUCGUUUUUUAUAACGAAGUUUGAACAUUUACCAAGCCACAAAACUUUUGUUUUUGUUUCUUUCGGAAUUGUGUUCAAUUUAUUUUCAUUAAGUGAGAAAGUUAACAAAUUUCCUUUUAAUUGAAACAAUUGCUCUAAACUCGAAAGUAAAUAGACUGGGCAGCAUCAUAAAAUACGAACUGUGUUGCAUUCUAAGUAGAGCAAAGCCAUAACAGCAACAACAUCCACAAAAAAGAGCAACCGCAGUGUGUGUGCAGAUACAAGAUAGAAAGAUACAGAUACAAAGAUACCUGUCUCUCUAUCCAACCCAACCCUCUACCUCUACUAAAACGGCAGUCGUAAAUGCAGUUUGAGGAACUGCAGCAUAAUUAGCAUUGUGUGCGAGUGUAGUUGUGUGUGUCAGUGUGUGUUUAAAACGCUCGAAGCAACUGAAAGAGUAACAACAACAACAACAAGAACAACGGCUGCAGAAUGUAUCUCAUACAGACUGUUCAAACAAGUUGGCGUCCGCAGUUGCCGCUGCCGAAAGAGCUGCAAUUAACCGAUGAACGUCACAGCGCCGACGACGAUACGAAAGCCAAUAACAACAACAACAGCAACAACAACACAGUAACAGCAACAGCAACCCCAACAAGCACAGAGAACAACAACCACAUCAUAGACAUUGAUAUGGAACGUCUGCGUAAUCAUCAUCAGAGUCUUGGAGGUGGUAACUCCUCCCAGCAGCAGCUGUCGAAUAAACAAAAAUGGUCCUUCGGUCGUCUCUUUCGCAAGAAGAAGGAGGAGGAGGAGGCGGAGGGAGGCAGUGGCAGUUCCAGUGAGGAGGAUCGCAAGGCCGGAUUUGUGCCCGCCCAGCGUCAGAGCUCAACGAAACCCAAAUCAAAACAUCCAGCAAAGUCCCAACGUGGCAGCAACAAAGCCUUGGGCUUUGAUCACAUUGUGUUGCAACCACAGGCGGUAGUUGCACCACCUAAACCACCGGCUCCCCACAUAGACAACGAGUUCUUUUUACCGGUGGAAAUGGUGCCACCCGAGCCGUACUAUCAAAAUCAACCGGGCUAUUAUCAAAAUCGUUCCAGUAACUCCUUGGAUCGUCGACUGUAUCUCAAUCCACAAAUGCAGGCGGCACCACACAAAUCACGUGCCACACAGCGUGGCAAGCUGGUGUUGCAGCCGGGUCAACAGCCCGCCGGGCACUCCAGCGAGGAGGAGCUCAUCUCGUUGAAUUCCUCCACGUUCUCCAAGUAUCGCAGUGAUGAGAGUAUACACAGUGGAGGUCAAGCGCUGUUCGGAGCACCUGGACAAAGUCGACGCAGUCGUGCGGCACGCAAUGAGCGAUACUACAAGCGUUUAUCCCGCGAUGGGGAGGUGAGUCACGGUGGUGUGCCCGUCCAGCUGCAGCAGCAACUGCAGCAACCACAAGCGCAUCCCAGCCAGCAACGUUACAAGACGCAACCGCUGCCGCUGUCCAUUUAUCAGGCUGCUCCUGCUGCCGGCUACGUGCAGUGGCAACCACAAGCGCGUCCCUUGCAGAAUUCCAUGCAGAACGAUGGCAAGCGAAGCAUCAGCUAUGAUAGCCACAUCCACUUACAAAAUGUGAAUGGCAGGAUGCAGAGUAAACCACUGCCACCACCGCCGCCACCUAGAGAUCCACUGCGCCGCGUGCAUGUGAUGGGCUCCAGUUCGGGUGAUCUGCGUCCCGUUUCCUAUGCCUUCGAUCAAAGUGGACGCUGUGUCUCCGAUGAUCGCAUUUGGCAGCCACCACAUUAUCAAUCCGUACACUCUCUCAACUCACAGCCGAGUAGCUCCAUUGCGAGUGCUCCUCCGGUACAGCAGGGACGUCGCUUCAUUACGCGUGCGGAGCGGAAUGCGCUUCCUGGCAAGAAAUCUCUGCCCAAUGGCAUUGACUUCCAUUACAUGGCAGAUGCCACACCGCGUUCGAGGAAACCCAUCCAUAUGCUGGAGUCGGGGGGAGGUGGAGUUGGAGUACAUGAUGUGCCCGCUUCCAGCGGCGUGUUGCGCACCUCCAAAAGUGGUUUACCCACGUCCAACGAUGGCUGGCAACCACAGCCGCAGCCUUCACAGCGUCCUCAUCAGCUCUUGACCAAACCGCGUUCCAUUUCCAGCUCGCGGCUCAGCGAAUUACGCACGUAUCCCAUGCCCAUGUACUCGGAGGUGCAGAAACCCAAGCGAGCAGCUGCUCCGCCCGCCGCAGCCGCUCCAGAAUCUACAGAUCAACAGCAGAUCAUCCAUGGUAGUCUGCACAUCAAACCCAGCGAUCAGGCGAGUCAAAAUUAUGUGGAAAUACGUCAUCGUGAUGUGCACAAGACCAAUUCGAUGCCGCAUCAUUAUCAGCGUCGUUCUGGCGAGGAUUUGCCCAACAAAUAUGAGGAGUAUGUGGCCGAGAAGCGGGAACAACAUCAACAGGCGCCGGCGCCAGUUUAUCCAGAGCGCAAGGCAAGCGCUCCAGCUAUAGCACCGAUUUAUUUUCCACGCAAAAAGCCCGCCAAUCUGGAGGAGGCCAUCAACGAACUGGAGGCCAUUUAUAAAUCCCUGGGUCUCACCGAACCCGCCGAACCGAAGGUGGAAACCAAGCUGGAGUCCAAGCUAGAGCCCAAACCUCGUUGUCCCACGCCCAGUGACUUUGAGAAGUUCGCCUUGGCCCAUGCGGAUGAGUAUGAUGAUGAGGAUUCGCCUGCCGGAGAACCGGAUCCGGUGCGGGAUGAUGUUGCCUAUCGUAAUCUACAGCUGAGCAACUUGCAACAUCGUGCCGCAGAGAAGCAACCACCAUUUGGCAUCCCAGUAGGACCAAUUGUGCCAGCUCCUCAGAGCGAUUAUCUCCAUGUGGAGCCGGUGCGUGCGCCAAAGAAGAAGAGCGGCUCACCGGACAUUGUCAAGGACGAUCUGGCAGUGCGUGCAUUGCGCAAAGAUCCUCCGGGUCCCAAGUCCAGUUUUGUGUAUCCCAUGCAGAAGAAACAACGUGCAACACGCACGCAAUCUGCCAACAUUUACAAUCUCAUCCAGCGGGAUGCAGCGAAGCCUUCUGGUGGCGAUCUGAGCAGUUACAUGGAGCUCACGAAGAACAUUGAACGUGCCGGCUCCAUGUCGAAUCUGGGCGUAACGGAGACGAGCGACACUAGCGAUGUACCUGCCACAUUGGAUCUGCUGCGCAAACUGAAAGCCCAGGACGAAGAGUCUAGCCGCAAGCCGCAUAUACCCUUCCGGCAUCCCAGUCAGGGUGGCGCCAUUGCUCAGCUGCCCGAGCGUCUGACCCACGAGGAGACUCCCAAGCUGGCUCCGGUGCCGGCACCACGUAAAAGUCUUACGCCGGAGCCGCUGCUGGAGGAUGCGUUGAAUAAGAUCGCGCAGGAUGCGCAGGCGAGCAGCAUCAAGUUGUCCCUGGAGCUGCAGGAACUGCGCAAGGAGGCAUUGAUCACAGCGGCAAGGCCAAAAAUGAAUGCGGAGCAACAGAAACUGGAGCAGGAGCUGCAACAGAUUGAGGCCGUGUCCGAGGCGGCCAAGCGAUGUGGUCAACUGCUGCUAGACACGCUGCCCGACAAUGAUGAGCUGCAGGAUCCACAGCAGGAGCAACAGCAGCCCAAUCCUCGCAAGCUGCAGAAGGAGGGCAAACUGAUACGGGCCAUUGAUGAGGUUUCCGAGGCGGCAAAUGCCGUGUGUGACAAGAUACUCAAGGAUAUUGUGAAGACGGAACCACCUGUGGUGGUCUACGAGGCGUUGCAGGUGAAGCAAGUGCCACAACAACAUGCCACGGAUCAGCUGGUGAUGCCGCAUCUCAUCAAGAAACUGGAUCCCAUACAAUCGGAUAAAAUCGAGGCGAUUGCGAAACGUUGCAUGCGUCAGUUGAGUGAAUUGGCGGAGUCACAGCCGGACUAUGACAAUCUCUCCGGAUGUAAUAUGAGCGGAGUGGGAGCAGGAGCUGUCCAAGCUGAUGCCACUCUCAUUUGUCCCAUUGCAGAGGACAAGACGACGAAGACCAAGACCAAGAGCCAGACCCGAGCACAGGCAAAAUCUCAAGCACUCGAGGACAUUGAUAAGAUCAUGCAGGAAUGCGAAAGGCAGGCACGUCAAACCGGAAACAGCAGCAUCACCACCAUAACAACCAGCCGCACCACCACCACCACAUCCAGCACCGAUGAUCAGCGCACCACAGCGCCCAGCAUGAGCAGCGGCAGUGUGAGUGGUGGCAAUGCAACCACCGUUAGCACCACAGCCUCAUCGUUUAGCUCGAGCAGCGAUUGCCUGGCCAAAUCAUCGAGUCCCUCGAAUGCCAGUCGUCCGUUGUCCUCGAGCAUAACCUCAUUCAAUCCGUACUCGUCGAGUGAUUACAUCAAAUCACAGAGCAGCGAUUAUCAUGCACCCAGCACAGAUCCCAUCAAGACAUUCAGCACCACAUCCUACGAGGUGCAAUCGACGCCGUAUAACACCACAAUCAGCACGAACACACAGAGCACGCUCAGCAGCAAUAGCAAUAGCACUCACAACAACAACAACAACAACAGCACCACCAAUAGCACCACUGCAACUACGUCGAGUGACAAUCAAAUCGCCAGCAUUGCCACGCCCUCUUCGUCACCGCCGCCGCUGCAGCUGACGCCGGUGGGUGAGCGUCGAGCACGCUCCUCAUCGCCAUCACAGUACAAUUCUAGCGAGGAGCUGGCCGCCAUUUUUGGCAUUGAGGAGCAGCCCAAGCAGCUGCGUCGCCAGAAACAACAACUACAACCAACAACAGAAACCAUUGCGGCCUCAAGUGACUUAUCCACAGCAUCUGCCACUGCCAAAACUAGCUGCCAGCAACAAAAACAACCAUCUGACGAAUCUGUUGGCUCUGAGUCGGCUAAAGUUUCGUAUCGUGGACAACAUCCGCAUUUUCAUCAUCAUACAACACCUGCAUAUUAUACGGAUCUACAGCUACGCAUUCAUACGCCCAAUGCAUCCGAUGUUGGUGCAUUGAAUGAGAAUUAUCAGAGUGUCUAUAGCACACCGAGUACACAAUUGGUGGAGCAACGUUGUUUCCCAAAAAGCAGCACAGCAACUGUUGCACCCCCGCCAAUUGCCGGACAACGUUCAUCGUUUUUUCGACUUGGCGACACUGUUGCAGCAACGGACAACAGCAACAAACACAAUACAAGACGCCAGCGAAGCAGCAAGGAACGUUGCGCCAAAUCCUUGCCACCAUCUGUCGGCCCCAUAAAAGGUGAAGAGAAGUCCAAGAACAACAACAACAACAACAACUGCAAUUCUCCCAGUAGUAGUAGUAAAUCACCCGUAGUUGAAACAGCUAGCACCGUAGUUGUUGCCUCAUUACCUAUUGCUGUUGGUGGCGCCACCAACAGCAGCAGCGCCGGCGGCGGUCGCAGCAGUCGUCAGCGUUUUCAGCAGCGCUCCAAGCGGGCGGUACGCGUGCGCAGCGAGUCGCGUCCGAUCAGCGCCUUGUAUGACAUAAUAUGCAAGGAGAAGGGUCUCGACGUUGGAGACACCACAACUUCAAGCAGUCACAACGACAGCAACAGCAGCAACGACGAGCAGCAAACACAACAGCAAUCCGAGCAACAACCUCAAUUAGAUCCUCAACAACAACAACAACAACAAAAAAGCAACACGCUGGCGACCUUUUGGCCAUUGCACCACCAAUACCACAGAGCCUCAAUGAGCGGUGCCAAGCAGCAAUUAACGGAGCCGCUGGAUAAGCCAAAUCAGCGAUCUCAGCAGCUGAGUAAACAGAAACGCAUUCAGAGAUUGAAUGAUAAUGGCUCAAGUGAUGAGGACAAUGAUUCUCCCUAUGCCUUGCACUCUAGUCAAAAGGUAACCAAUCUGAGUCCUGGCAAGUCCAACUCGCUGCCACCUACAGACUACCUCAAGCAGCAGACACAGAUACAGACACAAACACAGGCAGAGCCACAAUCUGCUCCAUCACAAACUAAUUGUCCAACGCAUUCGACAGAGUCACAUGCUCGCUUGGCCAAAAGCCUUGAGCCCUUGGCCAAGAAGUCCGACUCACAGAGUCGCAGUGAAAUGAUGCCUGUGAAUACAGAGCAUCUGUAUGUGGAGCCACCAAAGUUGUCAUUGCCGGAGCUUAAGUGUUGUCUGGUCAAGAGUAAGGACGAGGAAUCGCAGGAGUUGCAAGGGCGUGUUUUUGAUCAGGGAGAAGUCAUCGAUACUUUGGCGCGUUGGCAACAGGAGUUGAGCUCCACAAACGAAAAAUCAGCGCAGCUUUUAAACGGUGCUAAUGGUCAUCAUCAUCACUAUAAUUAUGAGCUUGAACAUCAUCCACAUCAUCAUGAAGUGUCUCCCACAUUUGAUCAUCAACCAGUAGAAGCUCUUAAUGAUCAUCAGGCCCAGUCGCAAUCUAAUUAUCAUCAUAAUCAUCAUCAACACCAGGCGACAAAUGCGCGCAGAUUCAUAACUCGCACACCGCGCUCCGCCAGCCGUCAAAGUGCGGGUGGACACUCAUCACCGCCACCGCCACCGCAAACAGCUGGCUAUCACAGCGACUCAUCCUACAGUUCACCAUCGCCAACACGUCGACAACAGCAACAACAACAACAACAACAAUUGGGAGCAACUGGCAGCAGUGGCGCUGGAGAUCCACAAUCAUCAACAAAUGGGAAUAGCUCCGCUUAUGAAACGGCUGCCACAACUGUGAUGACACAUGCCACACCGGCAACAGACUUCACACAAUUGCAACAGCAGCAACAUCCACAGCAGCAACAUCCACAGCAGCAUCCACAGCAACAACAAGAAGUUGAAGUUCCUAAAACGUCUCAGACAAACGCAACGUCCAACGUUAUCAUUCGCCCCGCAGCCGUCAACUCAGAUGUGUCAGAUGAUUCGCUUAAGUGUCAAAUCUUUGUGGGGAUUAUGAAAUCAUUUAGGCGAUUACAUAAGCCAAGGGACAGGCCGCCCCUUGCUACCGCUAACAGCAAAGCGCCAUUAAUUGUGCUCAAACCAGGAACAACAACAGCGACAGCAGCAACUGUUGCUGUUGCAACUGCAGCAGCAGCAGCAGCGGCAGCGGCUGCGACGCCGUCGCCUUCAAAGCGUCGCAAAAAUUUGCUAUCACCGCUGCGCAUUGUUGGUAGUGGUGGUGGUGGUGGUGGUACGCCCACUGCCACGCCUCCGCAGGCGAGUCCACUGCUAAGCAGCUCCUCAUCCUCGCCACAAACGUCGCCAGCGGUGCGCACCACCAAAGCCAGUCGACUGCGUGCCGCAGCGCUCGACCGCAAAAAGGAGGAGGAGCAGCAACAACAACAACGUCAACGUUACAGUUCACCCAGCUCGCUCCGCACCAGCUCGACGCCGCCAACACGACGACUGAGCAGCUCGGAGCUAUCACCCAAGGGCAGCGGCAGCGGCAACGGCUUCAACUCGGAGCCAAGUGGCAGCAGCAGCGGCAGCUCGCGACUUUCCACCACACGCUCGGCUUCACAGCCGUCGGAGGCUUUAACUGGCCUGGAGCGUCGUCCAUAUUUGUUGGCCAACGCCAAUAACGUUUCGAUGAAACAGAAUCUCAGCGAGCUGCACUUUACCGGCGGCAUACUCAGUCCGCCCAAGGUGGAGUGUACGCUGCGCAUGCGUCCCAGAAGCUCCACGCUAUGCGCCGAAGCGGAGAAUGGCAUGGGAAGUGGUGCAGCGGGAAAAGCACGUGAUAAUCUAACCAAUUUGCAGCUGAGUCCUGUGCAAAAGCAUAAGCGAACUCCGGAAGCCUCACCCUUGCCACGUCGUGCUGGUGAUCGCGAUAAAUCGGCAAAACGUAAAUCGAAUUUGAAUCGUUCAUACAACGAGGAAGCCACCAAGGAUGGCGAUGAGGCGGCGUCAACGCGUCGACGUCGACGUCGGGAAUUGGGCAUGGCACGUCCCUUGAUGCCCGGGGAUGAUGAAUCGCUGCGUGAAUUGUUGCAGUCGCCACAGAAGAGUUCCUGCAGCGAAUCCACCUCCAAGUCGGAGUCACUGCGUCAGGCGCGUGGCAUCAAUCAAAAGUUCAAUGAACGCACCAAAACGGAGCUGGCCGAGAUCAAGAAGAUUGCCGAACAGGCUCAGGCAGCUGGCAAUGAUCAGCCGGCAGAGUUGAAAAUGUCUCCGAUAUUGCGACGCAAGAGCACGGAUGAUCUAGCUGCAGCUGCCACACAGAAUUCACCACCUGCCCCCAAUCAAAUUGUUUCCAUAUUGAAGAAGAAGGAGCAGGCUUUUGGGGAGUGCAAUUCGAGUGCCUCCAGCAAUGCCUCACCCGUGACCUUCUCCGCCAAUGUGCUGGACACACCGCUUGCCGGGAGUCGUAGCAAGCGUCAGGGCAUCCUCAAGAAACGUUCCAGCUUGGAUGAGUCACGCUACUAUUCCCGCUCCCAUUCGCCGGAUGAACGGAGUAUACUCAUCAAGUCGGCGCGUCGCAAUUCUCUCGAGGAAGCGGGCUUAUCUCUAAGUCCUGGCCAGGCACAUGGCAUCCUCAAGCAGAGCAGCUACGACAGCAGCAAGAGCGAUGGUUGCCCUUCGGCGAAUGAGUGUCAACCACAUAGCAUACUGAAGAAGAAGGAUUCGUUGUCGACUCCCUCGGAUGGAGGUGGUCAUGUCUCCAAGCAUGUUUCCAUCUCGCAGGCGGUCACUUUGGCUGCCGCUGAGCUGGCGGCACACGAUGGCCUCGCUGGCAUCGAGGAUGGCGAGGAGAAUGAGGGGAUUAGGCCCAUUCUCAAGCAGGAGAGCACCUCCAGCGAGGAGGCAGCGCGUCCCCCGAAGCCCAUACUCAAGAAGAAGUCGUUUGGUGAGGCGGAUGAGCAUGAGAUUCGUCCUAUACUCAAGAGCAGUCGCAAGAGCAGCCGGGAGGAGUUCGAUCUAGCUGGUCUCAGUCCAGAUACCAACGAUAUCGUUGUUAAUGACGCCAUGCGUCCCAUUUUGAAGUCGGAUUCGCCAUCUAAACGACGCUCCCUCGGCUCCACACAGCGCUCGGAGGAGGAGAACGCAAGCAGCUUGUUGAAGCGACGCACACGCUCUCUGGAGCGUCAGGAUGCGGCACCAGUGAUGGAUCUGGCUGCCGCCUUAGAUGCCAUAACCAAUUCCCAGGCACCUGCCACGCCUGUUGACUUUGUGACCAAUGCAUCGAGUAUUUCGGUUGCGGAACGCAUUAAGCACAUGGAGAUGCUAUCGACGCCCACAUCCCGCACAGCUGGCGGCAUCAACAGCAGCUGGGAGUCGCCGCUGCAACAGACGCAAUCGUCGUUGAACGACUCGAGUGCUGCUCCAAAGCUUCUCAAGCCGAGUGUUCUACGGCGGGAUCUUUACAGGGAUCGAUACAAGACGCAGCCGGUGACCAACGAGGAGAAGAGCUUCUUUAAAGCCAACUCCACGCCCUUUGACAUCUCGGCCACGUCGGCUUUUAAGCCCACCAAACCGUUGGAUAUUCGCAACGGUUCGCAACACCAACAACAACAUCAGCAACCGCUAAUCUCGCCCAUCACUGGACAACCGCUGAGCCACGUUCCCGCCCCGCUGCUGCUUUCCUCAUCCACCAAUUCAGGCGCCGGCGCCUCGUUCCGUUUGGCGCGCAGUUCAACGCAACCGCUGCAAUCGCCGCGCGUUGUUCACUUGGCCGCUCAGGGCGGUGGCACGCCCCCAUCGUCGAUAACACGUCAGCAAUCGAUUAAUAACGAUAGCAUCAGUCUCAGCGAACAAUUGACCCUGUCUGUGGGCAACGACACCGAACGCAUCUUUGAGAUGUCCGGCUUGGAUGAUGACUCUGCCAUACAGUCGCUGGGCGACGAUGCAACCACCGCACAUCCAGGUGGGGCUGUGGGUGGAGCUGUGGGUGUGGGUGUGGCACGCAGCAGCAGUGUGAGAGCACGUGCCAACAUGUUCCAGCAGCUGCAGGAGCAAUCGCGCAGCCGAAGGGAGACGGCAGGUGGAGAGACGUUGCCGUCGCAGUCGCGUUCAUUUGCCAGCCGACAAGCAACUUCUCGCCACUCGCCGCCUCCAUCGGCGUCAAGCGGCAAUGUAACCGCAUCGCUCGGAUCGCCGUCAAACGAUGAGCCGAGCACGCCGAAUACGACGCAGGAUACAACCGAUGCAGACUUUGGUAAGCCCAAGGGUAUUUUAAAGAGCGGCAAACCCUUGCCGGGCAUGGGGCGUGGCCUGAUGCCCAUCGAUCUGAAUGCCGAGCUAAAGAAUCGCCUGCAACGCUCCACGCAUGCCACAGUCUCCAAUCUGCGGAAAUCGGCAACCACCGCAAAUGCCACACGUGAUGAAACUGAUAACAGUUCAGCGAAUCCGCAGCGGAACUUGGCGCAGAUAUUGCGUAAUGUGUCCAAGGAGAAUGCCACGCCCCCUUCCACGCAACAACACGAUGAUGCAGUGAGUCUGGUGCGCAAUCUGGCAACGCUCGGCGCACCACGUGCUGUCGAGGAUGCAACUGCGGGCAACAAUUGCGCCUCCGCCUCCGAGGGUGAAAGUUCAGGUGGCCGAGAGAUUGAGGCCAUUAUUAAGAACAGCGCUGUGGCAAGGCGUCGUCGCCAGCAGCAGCAACAGCAACAACAACAGCUGUCAGAUGGCAAUCACAUUGCGAAAAGCAAAAGUUACUCGGGCAUAGCACCCAUUGGCAUUGGCACCCAGGUGUUGCCUCCACUCGGCGUCGGCGGCUUUGUCAAGUUGCGUCAUGUAGCUGACGAUAAGCCGAGCACAUCAACCAAGGAAUCACAACAAACACCAACUGAUAAGCAGCAGCAGCAGCAGCAACAAGAAGAAGAAGUUGAAGGUGAAGCGGAAACAAACACAACAACUGAGAACAUGGGACCCGAUCAACGCACAAUUGCCAAGACUGGCUCCAUUGCGGAGCGUCUGGCGGCUCUCCAGAAGAGCGGAGAGGAUGAUUGGAAGAAACGCGUCUCGAAGCGCGAUGAGGUCGAUGAAGUACGACGUGAAAACUUUGUCAAUGAAUCACUCUCUCUGGCGCACUCGCUCUCUGACAAGCCUCUGCCGCCAUCUCCUUUAAUCGUGUCCAGUCUUGAGGGCGGAAAAGUCUCCGAGCGUCUGGGAAAACUCAAAAUCAACUCGGAAAAUUGGAAGCAGCGCAUAGAACAAACCGAUGCCAAGAAGUUCACAGUCGCUGGACGACUGCAGAAGAAGUCGCAAUCUCCUGUAGAAUUGCAGUUCGAGCGUGCUCCCAACGAUGCCGCCAAGAAGUGUCCCAUGCUGGAGGUGCGCAGUGCCAAUCAGCCACAGCUGGGACUGGCCAAGAGCCCCUCCAUGAUGGUUAACACCACCAACAGCUCGAAGAUUGCAGCUCAGCGCAGUCUGAGUGUCAAUGCCGAGGAGGAGACUCCAUUGAGUCGCAGCAACAGCAGCAGCUCCGACUCGGAUGCGGAGAGGAGUUCGCCAAGGAAUGCCAAGCUGGACAAGGAGUUGGCCAACAACAAGAGUGCGGCAGCUGCCACAAAUGUGGGGGCAAGAAUACAGGUGCCACGUCUGGACGAUGAGGAGACCUUCGAGAACUUCUUUGCCACACAGUCGAAGAAGACUGAAGCUGGCGAGGAUGCGCAGCUGGAGAUUAGCGCCUUUGAUGACAUUAAACCCACAGAGCGACUGGUCAGCAAGCGUAAUAUUCAGGGACCCAAGGGUCGUCGGGCAGCACGUAAUCCUCUCAAGAGUUUGGCACAACGCAGCGACAUCAGCUCGGAGUACACGGAACUCAAGACGGGAAUUGCCGAGCGGGAACUGCGACGCCUCAAACUGGAGUCAUUUGGACAACGUGGCAAUUUGGCAGCUGAAGCCAUCGCAGGACUCGCCUCCAUUGAGGACUUUAAGGCUGUGGCAUUGAAGUCAUCGUCGCUGCCGUUGCAACAAAUGUGGCUGCCACACAAGCCGCUGAUGCUGCUCCAUGUCAAGGGACGCACACAUGUCCAGACGCGUCUGGUGGCGCCCCAUCAGUUAUCCUUGAAUCGUGGCGAUUGCUUCAUUCUGAUUGCCGGAUCACAGCUCUUCCGUUACGUGGGAACCUUUGCCAAUGUGAUUGAGAUCUCGAGGAGCAAGAAGAUCUGUGCUGCCAUUGUGGAGAACAAGGAUCUGGGCUGCACAGCUGGCCAGGAAGUCAUCCUCACCGAUGGCAAGUAUGUGAACGAGCGUCAAUGGCGUCAGUUCUGGACGCUGCUCGGACAGGAUGAGGGGGAGGAUCAACAGCCGGAGAUUGCGGACUGUGGACAUGCGGAUGAGGAUGAUGUGUUUGAGAGCAGUCUGAUUGAGACUAACAAGAUCUACGAGUACCAGGAUGAGGCGCUGGUGCCGCUCGAGAAAUACUGGGGAUGCAUCCCGAAAGUGGAGAUGCUGGACACACGGAAGGUGCUCGUCUUUGACUUUGGCAGCGAGUUGUAUGUGUGGAACGGCAAGAAUGCUCCCUCGGAUGCCAAGAGGGCGGCCAUGAGACUCGCCCAGGAGCACUUUGGAGCCGCAGAUGCCGCUGACUACGCCCAGUGCUAUCUGAAUCCUCUGAACUACGCGGCCAUUGUGGGCAGACGUGAGUCCACCAAGUACGCCAAGCGUUCCUCGCUGCGUCCGGAUUGGUGUGUGCUCGGCAAGAUUACUCAGAACAUGGAGACGGUGCUGUUCAAGGAGAAGUUCAGCGAUUGGCCAGAGCUGGAGCGUGAGGAUCUGGAGAAGGAUUACCUGGCAAAUGGAGUGCAUGUGGUGCGUGCUCUCAACGGCGUCGCCCUCCACAAGGGAGAUCCCUACCAGGAGCCCAAUCUCGUGCUGGAACAGUCGAAUCUGGGACGUGGCAACUUCUACUAUGACAACGACACGAUGCGGCACUUUGAUGUCAUCACCAAGUCCACCGACAAGUGGCAGAUCCACGAGUUCAACUUCGAUUCAGCCGAGGCUCGAGAGGAUUACGGACACUUCUACUCCGCUGAGAGUUACAUUGUGCGUUGGAUUUACCAGAUUUCAGUGACAGUUCGCGAACUCAGUGGCAAGGUGUCCAAUCGGAGCACAGUGGGACGCGAUCGGUGUGUCUACUUCACCUGGCAGGGUCAGGACUCCAGUGCCAAUGAGAAGGGAGCCGCAGCUCUGCUCACAGUCGAACUGGACAAGGAGAAGGGCGCCCAGAUGCGUGUGGCCCAGGGAGAUGAGUGCACCGCCUUCCUGAGACUCUUUCGCCAAAUGUGGCAGCACCAGGGACGCAAGGCACUGUGCCUGGCCAGACGUGACCAGUGGCGUCUCUACCAACUGCAGGGCAAUGUGCCCGAGGAGACGCUCCUCAAGGAAGUCGACUGUGAGUCGCGUCAGUUGCGUUCUCGCAGUUCCAUGCUCCUCAUACACGGAGCCGAGGGUCAAGUGCUCCUCUGGCAUGGCUGCAAGAGUGCGGAACACACCAAAGCUGUUGCCUUGGCAGCUGCCGAGCAGUUGAUUGAGCAGCUGCCUCAGGAUUUGUUCAGCUGCAAAAGCGCCACGUUGCAGGAGUUGGAGGAAGGCGCCGAGAGUGAUGCCUGCAAGUUGGCACUGGGAUUGGAGGAGGAGCGCAACUAUGGCAGUCUGCUGAAGGCCACCAAGUGCUAUGAUUACACGCUGCGCCUGUUUCACUUCUCCAGCACUCAAGGCGUCUUCAAGGCCUUGGAGUUGAUUGAUCCCUUGCGCUGCCAGGAUCUUCAUAGUCCAUAUCCCUUUGCCCAGGCGCAGCUCUACAAUGCGCGACAGCCGACCAUCUUCCUGCUGGAUGAUGGCGAUGAACUCUGGCUCUGGAUGGGCUGGUGGCCACUAGAGGAUGUCAAAAUCACCACCGAGGAACGCAGCAGUCCCACCAAUGACAAUCGUGCUGGUGUCAAUCGCUGGAUCUCAGAGCGACGCGCUGCCCUCGAGACGGCCGUCGACUAUUGGCGUGCCAAGCACGGCGACAAUGCGUCCGCCGCCUUCCAUGGCAUCAAGGGACACGUUGUCUGGGCGGGACUUGAACCGCUGACCUUCCAAGCGCUCUUUCCCGACUGGUGCCAGCGUCAGGAUGUGCGUGAUAUCAACGUAGAGGAUGGACGCACCGAUGUGGCCACGCCCAUUAGCGAAAUGCUCGCACAAAUGACACAAACCGAGUAUCCUUUGGAGGUGCUCAAGGCGCGUCCGCUGCCCGAGGGCGUAGAACCGACACGACUGGAGCUCUAUCUCAACAGCAAUGACUUUCAGCGGGCACUUGGCGUGAGUCGCGUGGAGUUCGAGCAGCUGCCCGUGUGGAAGCAGACGAAGCUGAAGAAGGAGCGAGGACUCUUCUAGAGAUCUACUAAUAAUGCAACCAUAUAGACUUGAACACAAUCACAAAACAAAAACUAAAAGAAAAACAAACAGAACUUUUGUAUGCACAUUUACAAACUUAAAGAGAACUUAAUGUAUUUCGAUUAGAACUAUUUACACAACACGUGCGCAUAUCCUUAUAUACUCUCUAAUAACUCUCUAUCAGCUAUUUUACACAAAUUCAUCAUUUAUAUAUACACACACAUAUAUAAAUAUAUAUAUCCUUUACACAUACGUAUACAUAUUUAUAAUGCGACUGCACUGAUCUACGCAAUAAACGCAAAUUCAAUUCGCUUCAUUC